GCAACUCGAAAAACCAUAGCAACCACUGGCCGAUUCGUGAGCAGAUGUGAAUUUAGUUUCUGACCGAAAAGACCAGCAUCAGAAUUUGGAUUCAUUUUCUUCAACAUAGCGGUCGCUUACUGGAAAUAAUUAGUCACACAAUUGUUUGGUCUUUGGUUUAAAAUGUGGCAUAUAAUGUGGUUGACAACAUUGAGCUUCGUGUGUUACUUGUCGGCGAUAAACUGUGUCGACCCUGCUCUAAUCGCUAUCGACACCGAAGCCACAGCCGAAGCAAUGGGAAACCUUCAAAGAUUCGGGUAUUUGGAACGUGGGCCUCAAGACUCUUCCUAUUCAGAAAGUGUUUGUACAGCUGAAUCUUUCAGGAGUGCAAUCGAAGAUUUUCAAUCCUUUGCUGGAUUGAAGAAAACAGGUGAAAUUGAUAAUGAGACAUGUGAAGUGAUGAGUAAACCGCGUUGUGGGGUUCCGGAUCGAAUUCGCCCCGGUCAUUCCAGCACUCGCCAGAAACGAUUCGUCAUUCAAGGAACUUUCAUUCAAAUAGGGAGCAUUUGGCCUAAAAAACAACUAACUUACAAAAUUAAGAACUACACGCCGGAUAUGAGCCAAUCGGACGUGGAUCGUGAAAUCGCCAGAGCCUUUCAGAUGUGGGCAGACGUGGCCGAUGUGACCUUCGUCCAUGUAAAAAAUCCAUUGGCUGACGUCGACAUCAACAUCAUUUUUGCGUCUGGAGAACAUGAUGACGGGAAUUGCGAUGAUCCCUUCAACGAUGGUCCGAAUGGUAUUUUAGCUCACGCUGCCUUUCCUUCAACAGGAGGUUAUGUUCAUUUUGACGAAAGCGAAACCUGGACGCUCAACUCUGAUAAGGGAACGAAUUUAUUCCAGGUGGCUACUCACGAGUUCGGGCACGUUUUGGGUCUGAGACACUCCCAUGUAAGAACGGCUGUGAUGUACCAUAAAUACGAAUAUUACCGCCCUGAUUUCAAAUUAGACAAGGACGACAUUCAAGGCAUCCAGACAUUGUAUGGGGAGAAUCAGUUGCGGAAAUUGGAGAUUGAAUUAAAAGCCAAAAUUGAGCUCUUAAGAGACACCGUGAACGAUUUGGUGAAAUCCAAUACUGACUUGAAUAAUAAAUUAGAAAUUGAAGAAAACGAGGGACAAUCUCGAUGA